CGCGGGGCGGAGCUGCCGCAGAGCGGGUGCAGCAUGUGGGCGCUCGGAAGCCGCGCAGCCGCGGGCCUGCUGCCCCGGACGGCGCUCCGGGCCUCGGCGUUGGUCGGGACCCCGCGCGGGAGGGAGCCGAUGGCAGCCAGCGGCCGCGGCCGCCUCCACGUCACAACCCACGCGGCCUGCGCCAUCCGCCAAGCCAGUUUGAACCUUCACUACCUCGAUCAGAUUCUGGACAUCAAAAAGCAGAGUGUCUGCAUGGUGCAUUUGAGGAACUCAGGGACGCUAGACAACCCAAGCUCUCUAGACGAGACGGCUUAUGAAAGACUCGCAGAAGAGACGCUGGACGCCCUGGCAGAGUUCUUUGAAGACCUUGCAGACAAGCCCUGUACCCUGGAGGACUACGAUGUCUCCUUUGGGGGUGGCGUGCUCACCAUUAAGCUGGGCGGGGACCUGGGGACCUACGUGAUCAACAAGCAGACUCCAAACAAGCAAAUCUGGCUAUCUUCUCCCUCCAGUGGCCCCAAGCGCUAUGACUGGACAGGGAAGAACUGGGUGUACUCCCACGACGGCGUGUCUCUCCACGAGCUGCUGGCCAGGGAGCUGACUGAAGCUCUAAACACCAAAGUGGACUUGUCUUCAUUGGCCUAUUCUGGAAAAGGCACCUGACCACCUGUCAGAUUCAAAGACAUUAAAAGCUAUCAGGCAAAGACCCCAGCUUCCUUCUGUAGCUGAGUGUCUGGUUUCUCAUGCCUGCCUCUGAGGAUAGUCACACUGUGUGACAGCUCUGUGAAAAAAGUGUGUCACCUCCCACCUUG